GAUGGAGCUAUUGUCGAUUUUUCUAUUUUGUACAUACAGAGUUUUGUAUAUACUGUAUAGGAUGAGCUCGCUGGGCAGCGACAAGGCCCGGGGCCCUCGGGAAAAAGCGCUGCCUGCUGCCACUCAGACAUCACAGCCACAGAAACAGAUACAGGCGACCGCUGAGCAGAUCAGGCUGGCACAGAUGAUCUAUGACAAGAAUGAUGCUGACUUUGAAGACAAAGUUAACCAGUUGAUGGAAGUGACUGGCAAGAACCAGGAUGAAUGUAUGGUAGCACUUCAUGACUGCAAUGAGGAUGUUAGCAGAGCCAUCAACUUCCUCCUGGAGAGCACCUCAGACAUGACUUCAUGGGAAACUGUGGGGAAGAAGAAGCCGCUGGUGAAGGAGGGACCCUCAGAAAGUAAGGAAAACAAGGAGAACAGGGAGAAGAGAGGAGAGAGGGAGGCGAGCAAGGGUCGCGCUGUGGCCAACCGCAAGGGAAAAGGUGCCCCUCGCAGCCGGCAGGUGCGCCCCGAAGAGAAUGGCGUGGAGGUUGCCCCGGUGGGUCGAGGUUCGGACCGAGGUCGAAGAGGUAAAGGUGGUCGAGGAACUGGAAGUCGAGGCCGGGGCAGAGCGCCACCUGGGAGCAGGUUUUCAGCCCAGGGCAUGGGGUAUGGUGAAAACCUGACAAUGACCUUCAAUCCUGCAGACUACACCUCAGAUUCGGGGACUGGGAAUACACAGAAUGAAACCUGGGAUGCAGUUGCCAACAACAGUACCGAUGGCACAGUGGCCUGGAGGAACACCCUGGAAGACUGGGCAGCAGAGGAGUGGAGUGAGGACGUUAGUCUCUCAGAGACGAAGGUUUUCACUCCUUCUUGUGCACCUGCUGUUGAGAAUCACAUCACACCUGGGCAAAGUCUGGAGCUCUCCACUUUGUUGCAAAAGCCUGUUGGUGGAGGCAGAGAAGCACCCACCUCUUCAACCCCUCCGAGCCUGGUCUUCACUAACUCCCACCAGACGCAGUCCCCUCAGCAGCAACAGCCCCUGCCACCCAGCCGCGGCACCACCAGUGGCACAAGCUACGCACAUGCUGCACUGUCGUCUGUGCUGGGAGCUGGUUUUGGAGACCUGGGUCAAGCUAAGAGGAUUCCGCCAAAUGCUGGUGCUCAGAUACUGGAGCAGCUGAAGGGCCCUGGCCUGGGACAGCUGCCCUCAUCUCAGGCUGCACCCCCUGCAAGCACUCAAGGAAGCAACACCUCUAUUGGCCGUCUGCCUGGCCUUGGUGCUUCUAUUGCUCCACCCUCAUCUUCUAGCUGGGAUAUGAAGGUUUCAGAAUCCAACACCUCCUCACUGUCGUCGCAGUUUAGCCGCGAGUUUGGGCUUCAGCCGGAACCGUCGCUUGUGCUCAGCCAGCUGGUCCAAAGACACACCAGCCCUUCGUUGCCUCUGGCACGUCAGCCCAGCCCUCCAUCACAGCAGCCGCUGGCUCAGGCUUCGGUCUCGUCUGCUCCACCCCUCGCCAGUACGACAGCACAGACUGGCCCAGUUUUGGCCGCUGCCGGAGCCAAACCUCCUGCCCCCAGUUCAGGGCUGGACCCUCAGGCUGGAGGCACUUCACAACAGCAGCGGGCUCAACUGAAAGGACAGAAACGAAGGAUACCUCCAACAUCCAAGAUUCCCUCCACUGCUGUCGAGAUGCCUGGCUCUGCUGACAUUCCUGGUCUCAACCUUCAGUUUGGUGCUCUGGACUUUGGCUCAGAGUCGGCCUUACCAGAGUUUGGGGUGGUGGACAAGUGUGUGAGUGCUGUGUCCCGUGAGUCCUCACAGGCCUCCGUCCCAACACCGGGCACACAGAGCCAUACAAGCAUGUACUCCAAACCUCUCAGCGAGUCGCUGAGUGGCCCGCUCUCAGUCACUCUCCCCUUGCCCAUCUCCUCAUCAGAGCCAGUCUAUCACUCCUCUUCAGUGACAUUACCCAGUUUACCCACGUCAUCUUUAGGGGGCGCCAGCUCCACCAGUCCCCCCUCGUCUUCUCUCACCACCUCGACCUCGGCCUCUGUGCCCUCCUCAUCCCACUUCUCGACAGUGGGCAGCAGCUACGAGGGAACGAUACCUCCUCACACACGGCUGGCGUUCUCCCAAAGCAAAGAGUCCUCGGGACCCGUUAUGAACGGGCUGAAUGGAAUCCGGACUUCUGCUGCGUUAGACACAUCGUCAGCCUCCUCGACACCUAAACCAGAUUCGCCGUCUUUGAACAUCAACACCAACGGCACUCCAGCGCCAUCGGCCCACUUGCCCUCCAGCCUGCCCUCACACAGCUCCUCAGCACUCUCCAGCUUGGCACCAGACCUUCCUUCAGCAAGCCAGCUCAACUCCAUCAACAGCCAUGCCAGCAGUCAUUCCUCAGCUCUGGGCUCCAGCUCUCUUGCUUACACCAGUGUUGAAAAUAGUGUCAGCUCUUUAGCACCCUCGUCUGGCUCGUAUACGUUAUCGCAGCCUCCGCCGCUCCACUCCACUCACAGCAGCAACAACAGUAGCAGCAGCAUCAGUCACCUGACCAACAUGGCCAACAACAUGAGCAGCUCAGUUGGUGGCAUCGCCGGCAACAGUGUUCUUCACUCAGCUGUCAACGCCGCUACAAGUACCACCCUGGGAAUUGGCUCCAAUGGAGCUACUGCCACGUCCAACCUGUCUGCUCCCAGGACCGCCCCGCUGCUCUCCUCCUCCACCGGUAAAGCUCCUCCAAACUUGUCCCAGGGAGUCCCUCCUUUACUACCCAAUCAGUAUAUCAUGGGCCCUGGGGGGCUGCUGCCUGCAUAUCCACAGAUCUAUGGUUACGAGGACCUCCACAUGCUCCAGUCCAGACUGCCAAUGCCCUCCUUACAGGAUUACUAUGGAAUCACAUUCCCAGGCCCCGCUGCAACUCUCUCCGGCAGAGAUGGGAGCCUAGCCAACAACCCUUAUUCAGGUGAAGUCACAAAGUUUGGUAGGAAUGACUCCACCUCCCCUGCCCCUCCCACGAGUCUGGCAGCUCAGCAGCCACCACAGGGCCAGAGCCAAGGACAGAACCAGGCCCAGCCGCAGCCCCCCCAGCCCCAACCGCAGGGCCAGCCUCAGCACCACGGCAGUCAGCAGGCCUAUCUGCCUCCGGGCUACAGCUAUACUGGUCUUCCCUACUACGCUGGGGUACCAGGAGCUGUACCAAGCGCAGCCGCAUUCCAGUAUGGCCCAACCAUGUUCGUCCCACCAGGGGCGCCGGGACCAGCCUCAGCCAAACAGCACAGCAUGGGCCUCGGGCUUGGAAACCCGUCUGCAAGCCCGUUCCAGCAACAGACACAGCAGCAGCCCAGUGGUUACGGCCAGCACACUUUCAGCUCAGGUUAUGAAGAGCUGACAGCGGGUCCAGCUGGAGUGGACUACAGUAAAGGCUACAACUCCUCCUCUCAGGCACAAGCCAAGUCUGCAGCGGCAGGGCCAGGGAAAGGUGUCUCUGUGACCUCCAGUAAUUCCGGCGUGCCAGACAUCAGUGGAAGUGUUUACAAUAAGACCCAGUCUUUUGAUAAGCAGGGUUUCCAUGCAGGGACCCCGCCUCCCUUCAACCUGCCCUCAGCACUGGGGGGUCCGGGGCCUCUGAACCCUGGAGCGGCUCCUGGAGGUUAUGCACCGGCGCCGUUCCUCCACAUCCUGCCUCACCAGCAACCACACUCACAGCUGCUGCACCACCAUCUUGCUCAGGACGGACAGGGUGGUCCGAACCAGCGCGGCCAGUCCAGCAGCCUGCAGCAGAAGAGCCAAGUCAACAAGUCGAGCUACGGCAGCUCCCCCUACUGGGCUAACUGAGAAGGCCACGUGCACCACGUGUAUUUGUUGGGCCACCAACAGCAAACAUUUGCAUCUGACUGACAGUUUUUCAAGCAAAGCUAAACCAUGAAAACACACUACCACCCACCCCCUUUACUGUACAUCCCCCUUUUCAAAUUUAUGGCUGUUGUAUGUAAAAUAUAUUUAUGUAUGUAUUUAUACAGUAUAUAUGUAUUAGUAGGACAUGAGAUGUGGUUUUCUGCAUACGUUUUCUUUGAAGGGCAUUUUAUUUAAAAAAAAAAAAAACUCACAUGGAAAAAUGGAAUGCUAAAUCAUGGCGAUGAAGUUGGUGAAUAUACUUGAACACAAGCAUCAUGUGAUGUGAAUAUUUUUUUUAUUCAUACCUGAACUGAGAAUGGUGAUCUUAGAUUUUACACAUCAUUUUCAUGGCAAAGGCCUUUUUUUAUUUUAGAAGUUUUUGUAACUUUGGUCUCCCACAUCUGUGAAUCCUUUUAUCGAGGGUGACUUGAGUUGAUCAUUUUCUUUGCCCUGCCCCAUUUUCAUCCGUCUCUUUACCUCCAUUUACUAGUAGGCUGGUGUCACCAGUCAGGCCUUGAUGUCAUCUUAACAUUGGUUUGAACCUUGUUGUCCAAAUUAAAAGUUAUGAACAGUC